GCCCCCUUUGCCUUUCCGUUGCGCUGAAGGCUCUCCACCUCACCGUUUUUUGUUGUUCUCGGAUUACUGUUGUGGUGGUCUUGUCGUCGUCGUCGUUAGCAGCGCUGGGGAGAAACGGUCACGCCUGAUUUCACCUCUACUAAAGAAAAUAAAAAACAAAAUAGAAACACACGUACUGAAGGUACCGCUAUCAACUCCAUCAACACACACACACACACGCACACACGUAUAAGUACGCCGAGCGACAAUGCCGCCCAAGAAAGGUACUUUCAGCUACUCCAUCGACCCGGAGCUGUACGCACGCUCGCAGAAGCCGGCGGGCACCAUCGCGAUGGGCAUGAAAAACUCACAAGUCUCCUCGCUGUGCUGGGCAAAGCAGGUGCAGAAGGAGGAGUCCAUUCGCAGUCGCUGGGCUAACAAGUACGAUCCCACGGCACGCCAGGAAACGGCGGCGCUGCAGGCACUGGAGCGGACGCAGACACGCGACGCCGCCGCACACGAGGCGUACGUCAACCCCGCCAACAACCCAGAGAUCCACGCCCUCCUGUACAGGAAGAAGCCAUCAACGGUGCUUGUGACGGACGAUACGGCGGCCGCACCCCCCGCCUCCACGCUGACCACCGCCGCGGCGGCUCCUGUAGAGGAGAUAGCGAGUCUUCGCGUACGGCGGGCGGCGGAUGAGUAUCUGGCAGCGCGCCGCGAACACUACACGCUGCAGCAGCGCUAUCCGAAAGGACCCGCAACGGCGGCGCAGGCGGUGGGCUGGGCAGCGGCGACCAACUCGGGCUCGUCGUCAGGGUCGGCGUCGUGUGGUGCCCCACACCGCCGAUCCCCGGGGGCCUACCGCAAACCGGAAGAUGAAGAGCACGCCACCCUGUUGGGAUUCGAUUACACGCCGAAGUGA